GUUGUAUACUAACAGCGCUGAUUAACAGCUGAAUUUCUUUAAAAAAUACUAAGACGUGGCUUAUAUAAUGCUGGGUAGCUUAAAAAAGAAAAUAAGCAAUGCAAUCCAGGAGGGCAUAGUUAUUUCAGAGAGUCUACAGGAGCAGUAUCGCCAACGUGUCGGGGGCAGCACCAGCAGUCGGACAAGUGAGGCGACAGCUCUAAAAGCAACUGGCCUUGAUUCGUCGCAGUUGAGCUUGAACGGAAGCCAUUUCUCCAAUGGUAGCAGCGUAUAUUUAUCAGACGUACCCACAAAACUUAACAUGGCCGCGGGUUGCAAUUUACUAUCAAAAUAUGAGGACAGCUGGCAGAAAAUCCACGCAGCCAACGAGCGGAAUGCUGAAAAUGCGGAAACUUUGGCUUUUCAAAUUACGGCCGUGUUGUGGAGUGCUAACGAGAAACGUGCAACGAUAAAUGAACUAAAUAGUUGUCUCUCGGCUCUACCUGCAUUAGUGGUCAAAUUAGAGGAGUGUACAGAAGUAAUUGGAUCUUUGGAGAAAUUGGGCCUGGAGCUGGAACAAGAACUUGACAAGUUGGAGAAUCUAUGCGAGGAAUGCGAGCUACAGGAAUUCGUACUUGCACAGCAGUUUCAGCUAUCCAAACACAAGCAAAAGAAACUGAUUGAGCUGGAGCAGUAUAGACAGAAGAUUGCUGAUCAGCAUCAGCAAAGUAUUCAAACACAUGAACAACAUUUGAGACGGCUUCAAAAGGAACGCCAAGCUGUUUUCCAUGAUGCAUUUUGUGGGGAUCUAGAAGAGUACAAACAAAGCGGACAGCUUCCAAAAAUGGAAACGAAAGCAACGAAAUUGUGUUUAGAAGACGUUGUUCUUGAGGAGAAGGACUUCGCAACGUCAGAUGCCUUGGAGCAUUUUCUUAAUGAUUAACAUACGCCUAUCUUCGAUCAAUGUCAUUUGUGCCUCUUAUAUACUCUAAAAGAGAAUUUAACACUUAACAAUAUAUUGGAUUUGAUAUUAGUCGACUUUUAACGUUAUUACUAAAUACGUUACGCUUAGCAUUUAAGGUAAUCACGAUUGAGAAAUACUAGGAGUAAUACUUUAACAAAGGUGUAAAAUUGUGCAUGGAUUGUAUUUCCAUUUACAUCGAAAUUUUGCGCUUGUAGUGCCAAAAUUAUAGAUUAUUUUGGAAUAUUUUUUGUACACACAGUUGAGGUCUUUCUAGAUUUACAUACAUAAAUAUUUAUACAGUU